AGCAAAAGCCAAGCGUGUGCGCUCGAGAGUUGUGUAUUACCAGUUGAUUAACAGAUUAUACUGCUAUCAGAAAUCGGAUGAAACGUAUCGUUAUGUCAGUGGCCUGGGAUAUUUCUGAACAAAUAUUUUAAGUGGGCAUUAAUUUGUGUGUAUGGACAUGUUUUCGAUGACAACAAACUUGCAGUGAUGAGUGUGUUGCGCUCUACGGGAAAGCUCAUUGGAAGCUAAUUGAUCGGACGUAGUGAUUAACAAUCUGUUAAAAACAGUCUUCUGCUAUGUUAUUUGAAAAAUAUUGAGAGAAACGUUCCCUAAGUGUGUUACGUUAUAAAAUAUGAUUGGCGUUGACUGUGGAGAUAUAGUUAUACGUGUGUGAUCCUAAUGUAUUCUUCACAAAUCAAUGGUGUAAAGAAAUAAAAGAAGACGAUAGCACGAUGGUGGACAAGAAGGAAGAAGAGAAAAUGAUGGACGAGACGACAAAGAUUGUACAGCCGAUCUUCGUAAAGGACUCUCAGGGGACGGAAGAGAUUGAGAUCAAUCAUAUAACGCAUAUUGUGAUGGAGAACGAUGAAAACCAGGGCGAGGAAAGAGAGACCUGGAGCAAGAAAAUCGACUUCUUGUUAUCUGUGAUAGGCUUUGCGGUGGAUCUGGCCAACGUGUGGCGAUUCCCGUUCCUGUGCUACAAGAACGGCGGGGGUGCCUUUUUAAUUCCAUACGGACUUAUGCUAGUAUUUGGUGGGGUGCCUCUUUUCUUUAUGGAACUUGCGCUGGGGCAGUUUUACAGAACAGGGGCCAUUACAUGUUGGGGACGAAUCUGUCCGCUAUUUAAAGGUAUUGGCUGGGCGGUAGUCCUAAUUGCCUUCUAUACAGACUUUUUCUACAACGUCGUCAUAGCAUGGGCCCUUCAUUUCUUCUUUGCCUCAUUUACAAAGACACUGCCUUGGGAAAGGUGCGAUAACGAUUGGAAUACGCCACUCUGUUUCGAGGGCAUGGCAGAUCCGCCUCAUGAGGGGGACAAUGAAACUUUUUUAAACCAGACGGUCAAUGGAACUGUAGUAAAAGUGUUACGAACGUCGCCAGCGAACGAAUACUUUGAGCGAGGUAUGUUACAGUUGCACAAGAGUGGUGGGAUAUUUGCAGUUGGUCAAAUAAACUGGCAGCUCAUGUUAUGUCUUCUCGGUGUUUAUCUAAUUUGCUACUUCAGCUUGUGGAAAGGAAUACACACCUCUGGAAAGGUGGUCUGGUUUACGGCCUUGUUUCCCUACGUGGUCCUGUCGAUCCUUCUGGUUCGGGGAGCCACACUUCCGGGAGCUGCCAUGGGGGUAGAAUACUACUUGAAACCGAACCUCACUAGACUCGCAACCUCAGAGGUGUGGAUCGACGCUGCCACGCAGGUGUUUUUCUCCCUUGGGCCGGGUUUCGGAGUGCUGUUAGCGUUCGCCAGCUACAAUCAAAAAGACAACAACGUUUACAGGGACGCUCUGAUCACGAGCAGUGUGAAUUGUGGCACGAGUUUCUUUUCUGGCUUCGUCAUUUUCAUGAUCCUCGGUUACAUGGCAGACCGCGCGAAGGUUGACAUCGCACAGGUUGCAACUGAGGGCCCCGGCCUUGUUUUCGAUGCCUACCCCAUGGCUAUAGCAACUCUGCCCGGGUCGACCUUUUGGGCCAUCAUCUUCUUCCUCAUGUUGCUGACACUUGGGCUGGACAGCUCGUUCGGCGGCUCAGAGGCGAUUAUAACUGGUCUCUCUGACGAGUUUCCGGUGUUACGCAGACACAGGGAGUUGUUCGUGGCGAUCCUCUUCGCCGUUUACUUCAUUGUUGGCCUCGCGUUCGUUGCACAGGGAGGAGCCUACGUGGUGACCCUAAUGGACAAGUACGCUGCAGGUUAUUCUAUACUGUUCGCCGUAUUCUUCGAGACGCUCGCCGUAUCGUGGGCAUAUGGCGUGGACCGUUUCUCCAGCGACAUCGAGUCCAUGAUUGGCUACCAUCCCAACCUCUACUGGAGGAUCACGUGGAAGUACCUGGCGCCUAUGUUCCUACUGUUCAUCAUGAUAUUCGGGUUGGUGACGUACACGCCCCUGGAAUACGGCGACUAUACGUACCCCUGGCAGGCCAACUUCAUCGGCUGGUGUAUCGCCCUCUCCAGCAUUCUCUGCAUACCUGGCUUCGCUAUCUACCAGUUCACCACGGUUAAAGGAACGCUAAGAGAAAGAUUCCGGUACCUUAUUCAGCCGUCUCGUGACACAGCACAUCUGCGCGCCGGGCCAGUCAGCAAAGACCUCAGAGAAAAUGGCGGACUAGGAGUUCAUGUUUAAAGGACACCAGUGCGCAGUAUGUUGGUGUUUCCGACGGUAAUGAUAGGCCUAAAUGGUUGUGGCCAAAAUUGUCGUGACGUCAAAGGAUGAGGAAUUGUGUGGUCGUGGUGAUGGCGGGAGAUGUAACUUGGAUGUCAUUGUGCAAUAUUGUUAUUUGAUAAAUUGGUGUUGUGUUUUGUACGGACAUUGCAAUUGUAUUUACUUUGAUAUUGUAACCACUCGAUGUAUAUAAUAAUUAUACAGUGCUGUGGGCAGAUUUUGUAGUCAAUUUCAUGUUGACGUUGUCUAUCAGCUCGCAUUACAUGAUUGUAAAAAUCGUUGUAUACAACUCAGCUGCACAUCGACUCCGAGUAUCAGGUUCGGCAAAUACGAGUGCAUCGGUCUUCAAAUGUCUGUAAAUAAAUAUACAAAAAAAGUUUUAACAAAGCAUAUGGAGUACUUUGACUUAGGUAUAUGUAACGCGAAUUGGCUAUGCACAAAUUAAUAUAAAAGUAUAGUUCACGAAAUAAGGAUUUCUGUUUAAUAUGUUUGGUUGAUUUUAAAGAAAAUAUCUUAAAGUGAAUGUUUUAUAUAUCGAUAUAUAUGUCGAUCGUCUUUUAAUGUACAUAUUAUAUCUAAGCAACAAGUGUUCAAUCUCCAUUUCCGGAAGCCUGCGAGCUUGGUUGGCGGUCAUUAUACUGGACAGGUGGAGUUUCCUGCGGGUAGUAUAACUCAGCCCCCAUAUACAAGUCUACACCAGAAUUAAAAAUAUGUCUCAGAAUAAAAUAAAAUAGCCGAAAAGAGCAGCUACAAUGCUUCAAUUCCAUAUUCUUUUAAAUAAUCAUGGGUCGAACCGUUAAUAAGGGAGAUGUGUGAGGACACACUCAGGAUCCUCACAUAGUGCAGCCUCAGGCGCGAAAGGACUUCAUAAACUGUGAAAUACACACGCAUCGAUUCAUGUGUCAUAGUUAUCAAAGUUUGGGCAUAUACCGUUGUUCGUUCAUAUGUGCCUGAAUUUUAAUUAGAAAUAUACAUCAACAGUCAACGCAACUUAAUGAAUUUCUAUUAGCAUCCGAACCUUAAGCUUCAAUACGUUGUACCGUUGAGAAACUGUCAUACAUAGAUAUUUUUGACUUUUUUCAUUAAACAAUUUUCGAAGAUACAAUUUUAUUUCAU